AACCUUUCUGGAAAAUGCAGCUGGCAGUCCUCUGAGGUUUGUCAUUAGAAUGUGAGGAGAGCCACACAGAUAUUGCACAGACUAUUUACAGAUUGUUUGGUUUACUUUAAGAGCUAUUACUCCACUUGCCUGUGGCAGGAAAAUGAGAUUUCAACAAUUUUUGUGUGUGUUUUUGAUUUUUGUGAUGAGUCUUCUCCUAAUCAACGGACAGAGACCAGCUAAUUUGGCCCUAAGAAGAAAACUGCACAGACAUAACUGUCUUCAGAGGAGAUGUAUGCCUCUCCAUUCCCGAGUCCCGUUCCCCUAAGAUAUAGAACUCUGCAGCUGAUUUCAUUAGCUAUACCAGAAGAAGAGUGAAGGAGUGAAGGAGAGAUCUCAACCACCCAAAAGAACUUCACUGUGGCAAUCGGGGGAUUGGUUACACUUCAUCAGACAAAAAGGAAUUGUUUGAAAGUACUGGAAUGGUAUUUUAGUUCAUAGGACUGCCUUCUUCCUGGUUAUUCAUUUGCCUGCAUAACAAAAAUCACUCAUCUUUUUUCAAAUGUUUAUCUCAUUUGAUUAAAAAGAAAAACAUCUUUCAAUGUCUUAGAACACUCUAUAGGUAAAAAGUGCAAGAAUUUAAAAUAUUUUUUAUAUUCCUAUAAUCUCCAAAAGUGUGUUGUAUAUGUUUAAUUCUUAAAAUAAAUGCUAAAUCGGUGAAAUGAGUUAGACAUUAUUACCCUAAGUACAUGUAUGAAGACACGAAUGGUGUGAAAAUACUUUGUUUUACAAUCAGUGACUUGAAAAAUUGUGCUCUAUAUGUGUAAUAUGAAAUGGACUGCAUUCUGCCAUCAUGUAUAACAAAUUAGAACAAAUAAUUUAAUAAAAAAAAAAGAAAUGCUAAAUCUAAAAUCAAGUGCAUUGACUGGCUUUGAAGAAUAUGAAGAAAAUUCUUGAUUAAUUAUUUAUACUGAACGACUAAGAAAAAAAUUAUUAGUUGCCACUGUAUUAUAUGAUAAAUUUUAGUGUUAAUAAAAGUACGUUUUUUAUUUUAUGAAUAGUAUUCACUAGAAGUCCAGAAGAAAGCAUAAAAUACUAAUUGUAGUCCAUGUUAUUUUAAAAGGGAAAUGUUUAUUUCUCAAAAAUUUUUUCUCAUCAUGUAAUUUUAAGAAGCCACUGUUUAUUUUCCUUGAAUGUUUUAUGGCCUUGAUCAUUUUGUAUAGAUAGUUCCUUAAAAAGCCUGGCUUAAUUAAUAUUAAAAUAACAGUUAUGCAACCAGGCACAGUGGCACAUGCCUAUAAUCCCAGCAGCUCACCAGGCUGAGGCAGGAGAAUCAUGAGUUCAAAGCCAGCCACAGCAACUUAGCGAGGCCCUGUCUCAAAAUAAAAAAGGGCUGGGAAUGUGACUCAGUGGUUAAGUGGCCCUGGGUUCAAUCCCCCAUACAAAAAAAAAUUAGUUAUGCCAAUGAUGCCCUAACAUGACAAAAUCUGUAUCUAAUAGGUGACUGUUUAUCAUUCUGAUAAGCUUUGUUUUGAUGCUGUUCAACCUGUGAUAGAUAUACAAAUUAAAAAAUCAGAAAAAAAAUUAGAAAUAUGAUUACCCAAAAAGGAAACUAUUAUCUAGAUCUGAAUUAAUAACUAGGUAUUCCCAAGUGGUUAAAUGUUAUUAGUUUGUAUUUAUUGAAAGACUGUUAGCUUAAUGACACAAAGUUUAAGUUAAUUCCAGAUGAUGAGUUUACAAAAUCAUACCUUGAAACUUGUAAACAUUGUAAACAUUAUAGAGUAAGAAAGGAUAUUAAAUUAGUAACCUUUAUUUUGCUAAAAAUAGCAGUUUGGCAUUAAUGUUAAAGAAUCUGAAAAAGAAAAAUCUCAAAAUAUCAUAGAGUUUGUCUUCCUGUCAAGGUUUAUUUAAAAAUGUCUUUUGGAAUAAAAGAUACUUAAGGCACUGAAAUUAAAAUUAUGUAUAAAAUUGUUUAUCUCAUUAAGUUAGAUGUUAUUGGGGAACUCCUAAAUAAUUUUCUGGAUAAAUUAUAAUUCCUUUCCACAAGUGCACCUUGAGUAGAAACAUAAGCUAUUGUCAAUUAUAUUUAUAUUUAAAACAAACUCACUUGUAUACUAUACAUAUAAAACACUUUAUACAAUUCAAAUACAUCUCAUUCAAUAAAACCUGUAUUUUUCAAGUAUGAAUUCUCAUAUUCACAGAAGAACAGUUAAAAAUCAGCCUUAAUAAUGUAAUUAAGUGGCUACUGAUUUCUGCUCCUAAUAAUUUAAUAAAACACUUGGUGACUUGAGUGUC